UGAGAUAAUAACUCCUAUAUAUAAACAUCUUAGUCAAAGAAGACUUCGCUAAAGAUGAUUGCAAAAUGAAAGCUUUUGUAUUUAGAUUUUUUGUGAUCUUUGGUAUUGCAUUUGCAUCCUGCAAAGGGACACCACGGCAAGAAGUCAGACGUCUACCAGAUGGGUUGUUGCUGGGCGCAGCAACGGCGGCAUACCAAGUAGAAGGUGCAUGGAAUGAAGAUGGUAAAACGGAAAACAUUUACGAUUAUUUAACGCACACUAAUCCAUGCUAUGCGACGGAUUGUGCUAACGGUGAUGUGGCUGCUAACUCUUACCACAUGUACAAACGGGAUGUUGAAAUGAUGAGAGAACUUGGGAUUGAUUUUUACCGAUUUUCUCUUUCCUGGAACAGACUGCUACCUACGAGCUUCCCAGAUAAAAUCAACCAGGCUGGUGUUGACUACUACAACAAUCUAAUAAAUGAAAUGCUUACGUACAAAAUUGAACCUGUGGUUACUCUAUUUCAUUGGGAUCUACCCCAGAAAUUACAGCAACUAGGUGGGUGGACUAAUCCCCAUGUAGUUGACUGGUAUGCAGACUAUGUGAAAGUAGCAUUUGAAUUAUUUGGAGAUAGAGUUAAGUACUGGAUAACAAUAAAUGAGCCACAUGAAGUUUGUUAUUAUGGAUAUGGUACUGAUAUGUUAGCUCCAGCAUUAAACUUAACUGGUGAAGCUGAUUAUUUAUGCGCAAAGAAUUUACUGUUAGCGCAUGCACGAGCUUAUCAUAUCUACGAUCAAGAAUUCAGACCUAAACAAGAUGGUAUGAUAUUUAUCACAAUCAAUACCGAAUGGUAUGAACCUGCUAGUGACGAUGAUGAUGCUGUUGAAGCAGCAUAUGCUAUGACUCAAUUUAUGUGGGGUCAAUAUUCUCAUCCAAUUUUUUCAAAAAGCGGCGGUUUUCCUGAUGUAAUGAAGAAAAGAAUAGGCGACAUGAGUCAGAAGCAAGGCUUCUUCAGAUCCAGAUUGCCUGAAAUGUCACAAGAAGAGAUAGAUUACGUUCGAGGGACCUCUGAUGUAUUCGGUGUCAAUCAUUACUCUACAUAUUUAUCAUACAGAAAUGCAUCCACAGAGCAGUACUUUAGCCAAAUUCUGAGACCGUCAUUUGAAUCAGAUUCUGGUGCUUUGACAUAUCAACUACCUGAGUGGAAAAUUGGAGAAUCUCCUAUCACUAUGUACGUGCCAUGGGGCUUUUACAAUCUUCUUACAUAUAUACGGAACGAAUAUGACAAUAUACCAGUUUUCAUAACAGAAAAUGGAAUGGCUACUCAUGGUGGGUUAAUUGAUAAUGACAGAGUGACGUACUACCGUGGAUAUAUGUCUGCCAUGUUAGAUGCCAUAGAAGAUGGUUCAAAUAUAAUCGGGUACACGGCUUGGAGCCUUAUGGAUAAUUUUGAAUGGUUGAGGGGCUACACGGAACGUUUCGGGAUCUACGAAAUAGAUUUUGAGGAUCCAGCCAGACCUCGUACUCCACGAAAAUCUGCGUAUGUCUAUAAAGAGAUUGUUCGUUCUCGGACUAUCGAUAUGAAUUACGAACCUGACAUGUCAAUUCCUAUGACUAUUGAUGCUUGAUAUUUGUGCACCCACAUUACUUCAAUUCUGAAAUUUAUUUGAAUAAAGGAAUGAUAUAU